GGGGGGGGCGGGCGAGGCCUCCGCUGCUGCUGCUGCUGCUUCUUCCCUCUCCCGGUAAUGGCUGAGGAGGCCUGAGGAGGAAGAGGAGGAGGGAUGGAUCCUGGAGGCGGCGGCGGCGGCGGCUGCCCGGGACCCGGCACGGGCGGAGGCUCCGGCGGAGGCGGGAAGCCCAACCUGCAAGUGGUGUACCAGGCCGUGCAGGCCCUGUACCACGACCCGGACCCCAGCGGCAAGGAGCGCGCCAGCCUCUGGCUGGGGGAGCUGCAGAGAUCGGUCCACGCCUGGGAGAUCUCGGAUCAGUUGCUGCAGAUCCGGCAGGAUGUGGAAUCGUGCUACUUUGCCGCUCAAACCAUGAAGAUGAAGAUCCAGACCUCGUUCUACGAGCUCCCGACGGACUCUCACGUCUCGCUGCGGGACUCGCUGCUCAGCCACAUCCAGAACUUGAAAGACAUGUCCCCCGUCAUCGUCACCCAGCUUGCGUUAGCCAUAGCAGACCUCGCCCUACAGAUGGCCUCCUGGAAGGGCUGUGUGCACACACUGGUUGAAAAGUACAACAAUGACGUGACCUCGCUGCCCUUCCUACUGGAGAUCUUGACCGUGCUGCCAGAGGAGGUCCACAGCCGGUCCCUGCGCAUCGGAGCCAACCGCCGCACUGAGAUCAUCGAAGACUUGGCUUACUACUCCAGCACGGUGGUCUCUCUGCUGAUGACCUGCGUGGAGAAGGCUGGCAACGACGAGAAGAUGCUCAUUAAGAUCUUCCGCUGCCUAGGCAGCUGGUUCAACCUGGGCGUCCUCGACAGCACCUUCAUGGCCAACAGCAAGCUGCUGUCGCUGCUCUUUGAGGUUCUGCAACAGGACAAGACGUCGACGAACCUGCACGAAGCUGCCUCCGACUGCGUCUGCUCCGCGCUCUACGCCAUUGAGAACGUGGAGACCAACCUGCCCCUGGCCCUGCAGCUCUUCCAGGGGGUCCUGACGCUUGAGGCAGCCUACCACAUGGCUGUAGCUCGCGAGGAUUUGGACAAAGUUCUCAACUACUGCCGGAUCUUCACGGAACUCUGCGAGACCUUUCUGGAUAAGAUUGUCUGCACUCCGGGCCAAGGCUUGGGGGACCUGCGGACAAUAGAACUGCUCUUGAUAUGCGCGGGUCACCCGCAGUAUGAGGUGGUGGAGAUUUCCUUCAACUUCUGGUACCGGCUGGGGGAGCACCUGUACAAGACGGAGGACGUAGUCAUCCACAGCAUCUUCAAGGCCUACAUCCAGAGGCUCCUUCACGCCCUGGCUCGCCACUGCCAGCUGGAUCCGGACCACGAAGGAAUCCCCGAGGAGACGGACGACUUUGGAGAGUUCCGGAUGAGAGUGUCAGACCUCGUGAAGGACUUGAUCUUCCUGGUUGGCUCUGUGGAGUGUUUUGCCCAGCUGUAUGCUACCCUGAAAGAGGGCAACCCUCCGUGGGAAGUAACGGAAGCUGUUCUCUUCAUCAUGGCCUCGAUAGCCAAGAGCGUUGACCAGGAGAACAAUCCAACGCUGGUGGAGGUGCUGGAAGGGGUGGUACGCCUGCCUGAAUCGGUGCACACGGCCGUCCGCUACACAAGCAUCGAGCUGGUUGGCGAAAUGAGCGAAGUUGUGGACAGGAACCCCCAUUUCCUUGAUCCUGUGCUUGGCUACCUGAUGAAAGGCCUCUGUGAGAAGUCCUUGGCUUCGGUGGCGGCCAAAGCCAUUCACAACAUCUGCUCUGUGUGCCGGGACCACAUGGCCCAGCACUUCAGCGGCUUGCUGGAAAUCGCCCGCUCCCUGGACUCCUUCAUGCUCUCGCCCGAAGCAGCUGUGGGGCUCCUGAAAGGGACUGCCUUGGUGCUGGCUAGGCUCCCGCUGGAGAAGAUCUCUGCGUGUCUCAGUGAACUUUGUGCCGUUCAGGUGAUGGCUCUGAAAAAGCUGCUCUCUCAGGAGCCGAGCAAUGGCCUCUCCUCAGACCCCACUGUGCCCCUAGAUCGCCUUGCUGUUAUAUUUAGGCAUACCAAUCCUAUUGUAGAAAAUGGACAGACCCACCCGUGCCAAAAAGUCAUCCAGGAGGUAGGUGGAGAAGUCAUCCAGGAGAUCUGGCCAGUCCUGUCAGAGACCCUGAACAAACAUCGUGCCGAUAACCGCAUUGUGGAGCGCUGCUGCCGGUGCCUGCGCUUCGCUGUUCGCUGCGUGGGGAAAGGCUCGGCGGCCCUCUUGCAGCCUCUGGUCACCCAGAUGGUGAGCGUCUACCAGGAGCACCAGCACUCCUGCUUCCUCUACCUGGGCAGCAUCCUUGUGGAUGAGUACGGAAUGGAGGAGGGCUGUCGCCAGGGGCUGCUGGAUAUGCUGCAGGCUCUGUGCGUCCCCACGUUCAGGCUCAUCGAGCAACCCAAUGGCCUCCAGAACCACCCGGACACUGUGGAUGACCUCUUCCGGCUGGCAACCAGGUUCAUCCAGCGCAGCCCCAUCACCCUCCUGCGCAGCCAGGUGAUUCUCCCCAUCUUGCAAUGGGCCAUCGCUGCCACCACGCUGGACCACCGCGAUGCCAACUGCAGCGUCAUGAAGUUCUUGCGUGACCUCGUCCACACGGGAGUGUCCAACGACCACGAAGAGAACUUUGAGGCGCGGAAGGAGCUGAUUGCACAGGUGAUGGCGCAGCUGGGACAGCAGCUUGUGAGCCAGCUCUUGCACACCAGCUGCUUCUGCCUGCCGCCUUACACCCUGCCGGACGUGGCCGAGGUGCUGUGGGAGAUCAUGCAGGUCGACAGGCCGACCUUCUGCCGCUGGCUGGAGAACUCGCUGAAGGGCUUACCAAAGGAAACAUCGGGGGGAGCCGUGCAGGUGACGCACAAGCAGCUGACAGACUUCCACAAGCAGGUCACAAGCGCCGAGGAGUGCAAACAGGUUUGCUGGGCUUUGAGGGACUUCACCAGAUUGUUCCGGUAGCCUGUGCCUCCUUCACUCUGCCUGUCUCCCAGGAAUGUCUUAUUUUCAGAAGAGGAAAUAAAACUACCAAGACAGUGUCCCACAACCAGCAAACUUCAUGGCGGCUGAGGGCUCUGGCUCGCUCUGCUGUGUCCCGCCAAUCCGGAAGAGACACUUUGCCGCGAGAACGAGUCGGUGAAGUUCCUGCUUGUGAGUGCGAGAAAGAGAGAGAGAGAGAAAAAGAGAUAAAAACGCGAAAAAAAACCAUAAAAUCCCGGGGGGCACAACUUAUCCGCGAAUAUCGAUGGCUGCAACUGACCUACGGCGUCGCGAGGGGAGGGGGAGCCUGCUUUUUCAGAUGGACUUGCUUUAAAAAAGAGAGAGAGAGAGAGAGAGAAAGAGGGAAAGAAAGAAAGGGGGAAAAGACAAAAAAAAAACAAUGAAAAGGAAAAUAGUAAUAAAAUGUUUUAAAAACAACAACAGAAAUAUGAAACAAUAGAAAACUAAUUUGCCUGGAAGCAAAAAAAAAAAAAAAGAUGGAAAAAAUGCAAAACAAAGUAGUAAACUUUCUGUGAAAUGAAAAUAAAAAUGAUUACUUAAGGAUCCAUUCGGGAUUAAGAAACAAAAACCAAACACCUAUCUGAGAAACCCAAUAGUCUGCCCUGCAGGGGAUGGGGGGGAUGGGGCGAAGGGGCUUAGUCCAGGGUUCUUGUUGUUUUGCAAAGCCCCACCCUCCGGAUUUCCAGAGCUCUGCCUCCCCUUUUCCCCCCGAGUCCCAAAAGAAAGAUCGGGUGGAAUCCCAGGGUCUUUGGGGGGUUGGCAAAGGAGGACCCACAGAGAGAAGGGUUAGGGAAAACCUAGACCCCCACCCCACCAACGUGUUUGCUUACUUUGAUAAAACAGUUAUAAUAUAUAUUAUAUUAUAUAUAUAAAUAUAUAUUCUUUUUUAAAAGUUGAUUUGGGUUUUUUGGAAAAUUUGGUUUAAAUCUGUUUGGGAUUUUUUUUUUAACCGCUUUGGAGGGGUGGGGAGGGGCUUCGUGGGAGGGGCGGGGGGGCUCUGGAGGACCGAGGGGGGUGCGGGCAGGCUAUUUCGUUAAAACCGAUCCCGGCAGCGACUCCGGUGUGGGGGGAGACAGAGAGAGAGAGAGAGGGAGUCGCGGGCCCCGCGCAGACAUUGAGGCAGGAAAUGGGGGGGGGGUUCUGUUCCGUCUGGUGUUGUAGCCAUCUCGAGAACAAGAUUUAAAAUAUUAAAAAAAACACGCAAAAAAAGAGAAAAGAAAUAAAAACAGACGAAAAAGUUGAAA